AUUCUGCUCUCACUUUCCUGUCUUCUGUCAUUUUUUGAAAUAAAGCUCCCUCCCACCAACCACUCUUCCCAAUCAUGCCCAUUGACGCCUCUUCCCCUUCCAGCUCCGGCCAAAUCGUUUGCGUCACCGGCGCCGGCGGCUUCAUCGCCUCAUGGAUGGUCAAGCUGCUUCUUGAAAGAGGCUAUACUGUUAAAGGAACUGUUAGAGAUCCAGAUGAUCCAAAGAAUUCUCAUUUGAGAGAGCUUGAAGGAGCAAAGGAGAGAUUGAUUUUAUGCAAAGCUGAUCUUAUGGAUUAUGAGAGUCUGAAAGUGGCCAUCAAUGGGUGCCAUGGAGUUUUCCACACUGCUUCUCCUGUCACCGAUGAUCCAGAAGAGAUGGUGGAACCAGCCGUGAAUGGAACAAAGAAUGUGAUAAUAGCAGCGGCUGAGGCCAAAGUCCGGAGAGUGGUGUUCACAUCAUCGAUUGGAGCAGUGUACAUGGACCCCAACAGGAGCCCAGAUCAAGUUGUGGAUGAGAGCUGUUGGAGUGAUCUUGAAUUCUGCAAGAACACAAAGAAUUGGUAUUGUUACGGAAAGGCGGUGGCGGAGCAGGCGGCAUGGGAGGUUGCGAAGGAGAAAGAGGUGGACCUUGUGGUGGUGAACCCAGUGCUGGUGCUAGGACCAUUGCUUCAAUCCACUGUUAAUGCCAGCAUUAUUCACAUCCUCAAGUACCUCACCGGCUCCGCCAAAACAUAUGCAAACUCCGUUCAAGCCUAUGUCCACGUUAAGGACGUAGCCCUCGCCCACAUCCUCGUUUUCGAAGCUCCCUCUGCCUCCGGCCGCUACCUCUGUGCCGAGAGCGUGCUUCAUCGCGGCGACGUCGUUGAAAUUUUGGCCAAGUUUUUCCCGGAGUAUCCCAUUCCUACAAAGUGCUCAGAUGAAGUGAAGCCAAGGGCCAAGCCGUACAAGUUCUCUAACCAAAAGCUGAGGGAGCUGGGGCUGGAGUUCAUACCAGUGAAGCAGUGCCUCUACGAGACUGUUAGGAACCUUCAAGAGAAGGGACACGUGCCUGUCCCCCCACAACAUGACGACUCUCUUCGUAUUCAGUCUUAAACUACUGAAUUUCUGUCUCUCUCUCACUCUUCUGCUAGUGGUGGUGGUCACCGGCCACACAUCUUCAUAUUACUAUUAUUAUCAUUAGAGAGAGAGAGGGUUGUAGUAGUGGACUAAGCACUCAUAUUAAUCCACCCCUUGUCACUUGUUAUAAUUCAUGACAUGUUGGAAUUAUUAUUAUCAUUUUCACAAAA